UUUUCUAUAUGUUGUACAGCAAGCCACGUUUUCUUUCUUUCCCUUGUGGCGAGUGAUAAAGACAAUGCAGAACGACACAGGAGAAUUUGUGGACUUGUACGUCCCACGUAAAUGUUCAGCAAGUAACAGAAUCAUCCAUGCCAAGGAUUAUGCAUCAAUUCAGAUCAACGUGGCAGAGAUUGAUGAAUCUACUGGCCGCGUGACAGGUAAUUUCAAACCGUAUGCAAUCUCGGGAAAAAUCAGAAGAAUGGUACGUACCGAUUUCCGUUGUUUAUUAAUUAUAAUGCACAAGCAAAAGUGA